UGGGCAGAUUAUGGUGCGACAGGAGGAGAGUGAGGCGGUUAGAGCUGCUAGCUGAAACUGUCUCCGGCUAUAAGGCGAACUGACAGGAAAAGCUGCCUUAGUUGGUCCAGAGGCUUGAAUCCUUCACUCCAAAGAGGUGUAACGUUUAUUCACAAGGUCCUCUGCUGUCCGACGAUACAAUGUCUGCGAAAGCCAUAUCAGAGCAGACGGGGAAGGAGUUCCUGUACAAAUACAUUUCCACAUCAGCUCCCGUUCAGAACAGUUUACGCUAUGCUAACGUAACCCCAGAGACCGACUGGGCCCGUCUCACACAGGAACACCCAUGGCUGCUGACUGAGCGGCUGGUGGUGAAGCCGGAUCAGCUGAUUAAACGGCGUGGGAAGCUGGGACUGGUGGGCAUCAACCUGGACCUCCAGGGAGUCAAAGAAUGGCUGAAAGGUCACCUUAUGAAAGAAACCACAGUGGGAAGGGCAAAAGGUGUGUUGAGGAACUUCCUUAUUGAGCCAUUUGUUCCACAUGCACAGGAUGAAGAGUUUUAUGUGUGCAUCUACGCCACACGUGAGGGUGACCAGGUACUUUUCCACCACGAAGGUGGAGUGGAGGUGGGUGAUGUGGACUCCAAGGCCCAGAAGCUGAUGGUCGCCGUGAACGACAAACUGAGUGACGCCCAAGUCAAAGAGCAGCUCCUCACACACGUUUCUGAUGAGAAGAAGGAGGUCUUAGCCAAUUUUAUUGUGGGGCUCUUCAACUUGUAUGAGGACCUCUACUUCACCUACCUGGAGAUCAACCCACUUGUGCUUACAAAGGAUGGAGUGUACGUCCUCGACAUGGCAGCCAAGAUUGACGCUACAGCAGAUUUUAUCUGCAAGGCCAAGUGGGGUGAUGUGGAAUUUCCUCCACCGUUUGGCAGAGAGGCCUAUCCAGAGGAAGCCUACAUCGCAGAUCUGGAUGCAAAGAGUGGUGCUAGUCUGAAGCUGACCCUGCUGAACCCACAAGGCAGGAUCUGGACCAUGGUGGCUGGAGGAGGUGCCUCAGUGGUCUACAGCGACACAAUCUGUGACCUUGGUGGUGUGGACGAGCUGGCAAACUAUGGAGAGUAUUCUGGUGCACCGAGUGAACAGCAGACCUAUGAUUACGCAAAAACCAUCCUGUCUCUAAUGACACGUGAGAAACAUCCUCAAGGAAAAGUGCUGAUCAUAGGAGGAAGUAUUGCAAACUUCACCAACGUAGCAGCUACCUUCAAGGGCAUCGUCAGGGCCAUUAAAGAUUACCAAGGUCCUCUAAAGGAGCAUGAGGUCACCAUAUUUGUGCGGCGAGGUGGACCCAACUAUCAGGAAGGGCUGAGGGUGAUGGGGGAAGUAGGAAAAACAACAGGCAUUCCUAUUUAUGUGUUUGGAACUGAGACCCACAUGACGGCCAUCGUUGGUAUGGCGUUGGGCCACCGAGAAAUCCCCAAUCUGCCUCCAGUUGCCGCCCACACUGCCAACUUUCUCCUCAAUGCCAGCAACAGUGCAGCGACUCCAGCUUCAACUAGAACGGCUUCGUUCUCUGAACCUAAAGCUACAAAUGACGUCAUCCCGCCUAAGAAGUCAAAAGCAGGUCUUCCACCAGCCAAAGCAACCACACUGUUCAGCAAACACACCAAGGCCAUCGUCUGGGGAAUGCAGACACGUGCCGUGCAGGGCAUGCUGGAUUUUGACUACGUGUGCUCGCGAGACCAACCCUCUGUGGCGGCCAUUGUGUACCCUUUUACUGGAGAUCAUAAGCAGAAGUUCUAUUGGGGCCACAAAGAGAUCCUGCUGCCCGUCUACAAGAACAUGGCUGAUGCCAUGAAAAAGCACCCCGAGGUCGACGUCAUGAUCAGCUUCGCUUCACUGCGUUCAGCUUACGACAGCACACUGGAGGCCAUGCAGUACCCACAGGUUCAUACCAUUGCCAUCAUAGCCGAGGGCAUCCCAGAGGCUCAGACCAGGAAGCUGAUAAAGAUUGCCGAUGAGAAAGGCGUCACCAUCAUCGGACCUGCAACGGUUGGAGGGAUCAAGCCAGGUUGUUUUAAGAUUGGUAACACAGGUGGCAUGCUAGACAACAUCCUGGCGUCCAAACUGUACCGUCCAGGCAGCGUGGCGUAUGUGUCGCGAUCUGGAGGCAUGUCCAACGAACUGAACAACAUCAUCUCCCGCACCACUGAUGGCGUCUAUGAAGGUGUAGCCAUCGGAGGAGACAGAUAUCCAGGUACCACUUUCAUGGACCAUGUUCUUCGCUACCAAGACACUCCAGGGAUUAAGAUGAUAGUGGUGCUUGGAGAGAUCGGAGGCACAGAUGAGUACAAAAUCUGCCAGGGAAUCAAAGAGGGAAGGAUCACCAAACCCGUCGUCUGUUGGUGUAUUGGAACAUGCGCCACAAUGUUUGCCUCAGAGGUUCAGUUUGGCCAUGCAGGAGCCUGUGCCCACCAGGCCUCAGAGACGGCGGUGGCCAAGAACCAGGCGCUGAGGGAAGCUGGAGCUUUUGUGCCAAAGAGCUUUGAUGAGCUGGGGGAUGUCAUCAAGUCUGUUUAUGACGAACUGGUGGCCAAAGGCGUAAUCAUUCCUGCUCAGGAAGUUCCUCCUCCAACUGUACCUAUGGAUUAUUCCUGGGCUCGGGAGUUGGGUCUGAUUCGUAAACCAGCCUCCUUCAUGACGAGUAUCUGUGACGAGCGAGGCCAGGAGCUCAUCUACGCUGGCAUGGCGAUCACAGAGGUGUUCAAAGAGGAGAUGGGUAUAGGAGGAGUACUGGGUCUGCUCUGGUUCCAGCGCAGGUUGCCACGCUAUGCCUGCCAGUUCAUCGAGAUGUGUCUGAUGGUAACUGCCGAUCACGGACCUGCCGUUUCCGGUGCUCACAACACAAUCGUCUGUGCUCGUGCUGGCAAAGACCUGAUCUCCAGCCUCACGUCCGGCCUGCUUACCAUCGGGGACCGCUUUGGAGGCGCUCUGGAUGCUGCAGCAAAGCAGUUCAGCAAGGCGUUUGACAGCGGCAUGCUGCCCAUGGACUUUGUUAACAAGAUGAAGAAGGAUGGAAAGCUGAUCAUGGGCAUUGGGCACAGGGUCAAAUCAAUCAAUAAUCCAGACAUGAGAGUGCAGAUACUGAAGGACUUUGUUAAGCAACACUUUCCAUCAACCCAGCUGCUAGACUACGCCCUAGAAGUGGAGAAGAUCACAACAUCCAAGAAACCCAACUUGAUCCUAAACGUAGACGGUUUUAUUGGUGUUUCCUUUGUGGACCUGCUUAGAACCUGCGGAGGCUUCACACGGGAUGAAGCGGACGAGUUUGUGGAAAUCGGUGCUCUGAAUGGAAUCUUUGUUCUGGGACGUAGUAUGGGCUUUAUCGGGCAUUACCUGGAUCAGAAGAGGCUGAAACAGGGUCUCUACCGCCAUCCGUGGGAUGACAUCUCCUAUGUGCUCCCUGAACACAUGUCCAUGUAAACAUGUUAACUUGAAGGGGUCUCUGCUUGGAGGCUUGGUCUGUGUUAACGGCGGCCGUCUCCUGUAAUGACAGCUGCUGUCAUGGUACUCACUGUUUCAGAGAUCCUGUUAGACUUUUUCAUUUUACUUUUUCAGAAGGGAAAAAAGGGGAAGGAUAUUUUAAGAUUUAGUUUUUGAGAUAUUUUACAAAUUUAGACAUGUAACUUAUUAAUUUUUUGGGGGGGGGUGAGAGAGAAAAGGCCAAACCAAUGCAUGGUACAGAAAUCAAUAGACUCUUAAUAUGAAGUAAAAUUUCACAGUCUGGAUAGAUAGGCUGCAUGGACGGUUGAAAAUAUUAGAUCAGCUCCAGCUCAGCAAUACAGUAACCCUUUUUAUACUACUUAUGCACAUUAACCAUCAUUAACUGUAAUUUGUUUGUCUGUCAGGCUUUUAAAAAAUGCUCAAUUGAGCUUUUUUUUUUUGUUGUUUUUGUUUUUUAAGCACCAAACCUUGGCUACAAAUCCAAUUUUUAAUCUUCUCUGGAUUUGCUACCACUAUUCAAACCAAAGGCAGUGUGGUCAAAUGUUUUUGUUAAAACAGUGUACAUAUACCAUCUGUAUUAAAAGUGAAACACCAGUAUGAAAUAAGGGAAUUAAACAUGGGGAAGAGUUAAAAUGAUCUGCUCUGAUUUCCUGAACAUUUACGUUUACAGCCUGAUCUGUCCUUGUUCUUGCUUUACUUGUUUUGCCGUUCUGAAUUAUUUUCUUUUCCCUUCUCGGAGGACUCCACAGCUCUUCCUUUUUGUGACUAUUUUAUUCAUGAUUGAGUCCUUUAGAUACCUUUUUAGGCGAGGGACUGAAAGAAGG